AUGGCUGUGCUUGAACAGAUGCUCUCGGCGCUGGAUCACCUGGCCUACAUGAAAAUGUGCUACCGCGAUGUCAAGCCCGAGAACAUCCUCUACCUCAAGAUGGACGUGUGGUCGCUCUUUGCCACCAUCGCCGACGUACACCGCAAGUUCAGCUUCUCACCAACCCAGGCGAAGUCUUAUGCAGACGUCCUACACGCCAUGCGCGCGGCCGCGCUGGCGCAGCCCAACCUCGCCGACAUGGUGCAGGAGAACCCGCACCACCGCGCUUUGGCCGCCCAGCUGCUUGCCGCCCACUUCGGCGGCCGCGCCAUCAACUGCCGCGGUCGCCCCGUCUUCGGUGCCGGCUUCACAGGCGCCGACAAUCGCGCCGACCAGAGCGCCGGUGGCAUUCCGCUGGUGGAGUACCACGCGAACCCCCGCGGCACCUGCGGCAGGACGCGGGACAAGCACCGUCGCCGCUAUUAUAGCCGAGCGGGACAGGAUAACGAAAACGAAAGCGCCUGCGACUCUUGGCCGGCCCCCUCGUCGGCCUGCACCAGCCCAGGCUGCCACAAGGGAGAGCUCUGA